UCAAACAUUGAUUAGAUUCACUUUAGAUUCGGACGUGGAUGUCGUUGGCAGACUGACGGUCACGGGCGGUUGUGAGACUAUGUUUGCAUUCAAGAUUGCCCUUGUGGCCUGUGUGACCUUUAUUCACGUUUCUACCUUACCAAUUUCGGAAAGGCAUGCUCAUCCGAGCCCGUUGACUCAUUAUAGAGGCUCGCAUGGUGGCCGGUCACCGUAUUUCAGACCUCUUAAUCGAUACCCACAAGCCUACUCACGCCAUCCAUACUCUCCUCAAAUCUACUCGCCCCAUCCAUACUCUCAUCGGCCGCAACGAUAUCGUUCCAAACCCGUAUUUGAUCCCUACACUCGAAGGUUUAAAAUUACACCUUCCGAUUCGGACCGUUAUGACGCGCGAGAGCGAGGUCGGGGUCGAUAUCGCUCAAGAGAUGAUUACCGUGAGCGAAAUUACUAUGGUGAGAACGAGGGACCAAGAUACGAACGAGACAACUUCAGAGAAAGAGAGGAGAGUGAAGUAGAGGAAAGGGAGGGAGGAAGGGGUUCUUCAGGGACGUCUCGUGAAGAGGAAGACCAUGAUCACGACCAUGAUGAAGACCACGAUCACGACCAUAACCAUGAUGAAGACCACGAUCACGACCAUGACCAUGACCACGAUCACGACCAUGAAGUAGACCAUGAGCCGAGCCUCAGUGAGCGAGACGAGGCCAGUAAUGAGCGACACACCCAUGAAGAUGAUCGGGGGCGUCAAAACACACGCGGAUCUGGUUCGUCUGGUUUCAAUCAAGAACGAAGAGGUCGACCUAAUGUUGAGUUUAAAGGAGGAUCGGGGGAAAGACGCCAAGAUACCAGAGAGCCUGAUUCGUCUAGAUUCCGUACUAAAUAUGAUCGGAACAAUGUGGACGAGGACAAUGUCGAUUUUAGGCAAGAGACUCGCGGUUUCGGCUCGUCGGGUUUUCGCUCAAAGUUUGAUAGGGACAAUUUAGAUCAAGAUGUUGAAGAAACCAGAGGAUCUGAGUCUUCUGGAGGAGCUCAAAAUGAAUACGAACGCAACCGACAGCUCUUCGAACAACAAAGAGACUCUAGACGCCACCAAGAUCAACCACAAGGAUUUCGAACAAAUGAUCAAACCUCGAACAGAAACUUUGGUGGACAAGGACAAAAACGAGGGACUGGCCGAGCGACCUUAAACCAAGACACAAGGGAGGUGAACCAAGAAGGUGACCAAAGAAACCGAUUUGACUAUGUUGUGCGCCACCAAACAAACGCAAGAGGCUCUGGCUCUGGUUCCAGCGGAUCGUCAAACUUCGACCAAGGCUCGACCCGUUACCAAGGCGGUUCCAGCCAGCGCCAGUCGCAGAGAUUCGAUUUGCCUUCAUCUUCCAGUUCUUCAUUUAACCAAAAUGGAAAUCAACGUCGCGAUCGGGAAUCUGAUUCAAAGACCACUUUUAACUUAUUUGGAUUAGAUGAGCCGCGGCAGCCUCGGGAAGAAGGUUCAAAUGUGAAGAAAUUCCAUUAUGACAAGACCCAGUCCUUGCAAAUGGCACAAGAGGCUGAGAGGAAGGAGCAGGAAGCAGAAAGGAGGCAACAGGACUUCCAAUUCUUCAACGUGUUUGGCGACGAUCCAUUUCAGGUCCAAGGCUCCGAUGUAAGAGACAACGAUUUUAAUCCACAGACCACAACAUACGGACCUUUCCAAGAAGUGGAACCUAACUCUCCUGUUGUAACGGGUUCAGAUCCCGGGAGAUCCCAACCAGCCGCAAACAACAUCCUUGGCACGCCUGUGUCUCCAUUCCAACCAUCCGUUGACGACCGUGAGAGUUGCCCCACCGAGGCAAAUUGGGAAAUCAACGGCAAAAAGUUUCUGAUCACUGCCCUGGAGCCGAGAUGUCCACAUAUGAGCUGGUCUGAUGCUGUGGAUUUCUGCCGCAAAUCUGCCCGCAUGCAAGCCGUUUCCUUCCAAUUGGAAAAGAGGCGACAACAGAUUCAAGCAAUCAUGACCCUGAUCAUGAACCCUGAUACCAAAAUGGACGCCUUCUGGACGGCUGGUGUCGUGAGUCAUCCAAUGUCAGAUAGAGAUCCAAUUCUGGUCGAGUGGAGCACCGGAAAGGAAGAAGUCCGACCUGGCACCAAAUAUUGGGCUCGCACGGGUUUGGGUGGCUUGGCCCAACCGGAUAAUUACUAUUACAGAACAAGUCCGGAGGAAGGAUUGGAUGAAGCUUGCGCCGCUGUCCACAGAGAUGCAACCGGCCAACCCAAACUGCAUGACGAGCUUUGCACCCAAAAGUAUCCUGUUGUGUGCGAAACGUCUUAUGCUAUGCCAGGAGACAUGAUGGGCGGAAUGUUGUCGUGAGAUCAAGAGUGAAAACUCCUAAGUCGCUAUUUCAGUGUUGCCACUUCAAUGGUUCAUUUUUAUGCAUUUUAUGUAUUUUCUGAUUAAAACAUAUUUUUGUGGUAUUUCAAUUUCUAGUGUUAACUGACCCGUAUUUGGAAAUAAUAAUGCAUACCUAUUCUUGCA